AAAAGAAAGUGGGAAAGAUGGCAUUGACCAGAAACUCCAUCGUCGUCUUCAAUCUUUGUAAAGCCUUCCCCACUCCCUCCUCCAUCUUUAUCUGCCGCCAUGUCUGGAAGGGAGGAGAUGUUGUGACGGAAGACAAUGAAAGCAAGGGUGAAAUAGGGGAAGAAGGAUGGUAUAGUGAAGCGUCAAAAAUGGGUGAGAAGAAGAAGGAGACGAAGGAGAAAGCGACGGAGACGGCGCAGGAGACGUGGCGGGCCAUCGAGGAGGUUGCCGGAGAGAUGAAGCAGAGAGUGGUUGCUAAUAUGGAUUCCAAUAAGGAGACUGAUAUUAAAGACGAAAUGGCUCUUCAUAAAGAAGAAGAAGAAGAAGAAGAAGAAUGGCGCACCAAAAACUCAGUCAAGGAGUUAUGAGUGGUAGAUUGUGAGUGAAAAACUAAAUUGUUUACUGCAUAGUUACCCUGCACUGAAAAUAAAAUUAUUAACAAUUUCAGUUAUAAAUUUGUUUGUAAUUCAGUAUAGAAUUUCCAUUAUAAAACGGCUCCAAAUUGUACCUUGUUUUCA